AUGGAACAACUGCAGUGCCACGUGAAACAGUAUGCGUGGGGAAAGUAUGGUGAGGAGAGUGAGGUGGCACGACUGUUUGCCGACGGACACGACGGAUUUCAGAUUGAUAACAAGAAACCGUAUGCGGAGCUCUGGAUGGGAACCCACCCCGACGGUCCUGCUCAACUCAAAAAGUGCUCCACCCGCCUAUCGACAUACCUCGCCAAGCAUCCGUCCCCCUUGACAAAUAACAAUUCGGCAAAGAACAUUCACUUGCCUUUCAUCAUGAAAGUGAUGUCGAUCAGAACCACCCUCUCGCUACAGGUUCAUCCAACCAAAGAGCAAGCCCGUGAAUUGCAUGAAAAUGACCCAGUCAACUAUCCAGAUAGAAACCAUAAACCAGAGUUGGCCUACGCGUUAACACGCUUCGAAUUGCUGUGUGGAUUCCGACCGGCUAGAGAGAUUCUCAAAAAUUUGCAGACAUUCCCAUCAUUCCGGUUACUCUUCGGAGGUGAUACUUAUACAAAGCCCCUCGAAUACUGUAUAAUGCAAAUGAAGAAUUUGGAUUCAGUGAACCAAGACUCGCCAGAAUACAACUAUUCCCGGGAAUACUUGGAGAAAUGCUUCAGAUUCAUGAUGACUAUAGAUACAACUAUUGUUCAUGAACUGGUCUCCCAACUUCUCAAGGAACUCGACAACGGUCUCCGUGGAGCAGUCGAAGAAGUGACAGUCGGAGUGAUUCGAAAAAUGUCAAUCGAUUUCCCGAAUGACAUUGGAAUCUUCUCUCCACUAUUCCUCAAUCACAUGAUUCUCGAACCAGGACAAUGUUGCUAUUACGCUGCCGGAGAGCUUCACGCAUAUCUGAGUGGAGAAUGCGUCGAGUGUGUCGGAUGCUCAAAUAACACGAUUCGAGCAGCCAUGACUCCGAAAUAUAUCGAUAGAGACGCCCUUUGCAAGACAUUGAACUACAAAAUGACAGAGCAGAGUGACUAUUUGGUGCCCGAGAUGAAGCUGACCGAAUGUGUUGACAUGUAUGCACCAGAUUGUAAAGACUUCCAAUUGCACAGAAUACGAGUGGGUGUAGAUCAAAGUGAGGAGGAGAUGAUGCUGCCCACACUGGAUUGUGCAUCGAUUCUUGUUGUUACAAGCGGAAAGGGAACUAUUGAGGAGGCGACGACGAAGAAUCAGCUGAUCGGGCAGUAUGAGGUCAAGAGGGGAGAUAUCUUCUAUAUUCCACCUAAUCAUAACAUCAGAUUCCUCUCAUGCUCCGAACCACUCGAAGGCUACCGAACAUUCAGUUACGAAAUGGGUCCAGACCACGACACUCGAGUCGUCACUCCCGUCUCGGCUACCGUAUCGACAAACGUAUCGACACUAAACGAGAAGAUGCUCAAACUGGAUGCCGAUAUGGAGGAAGCCGUUGUUUAA